CCGCAGACAUACAAUAUGGCUGCGCCCAUGGACACAGCACAUUAGUUGUGCGCACUGACCUACAACUGCUUUUUUAAUUGUUAUAAUUGAGGUAAAAACCCGACGACUGUGGAUAAAUAUGGCCACUCCAGGCAAAGUGUCGAAAAAGGAGCGGAAGAAGCAGAUCCCAGCUAAGACGUCUCUGAACUCCCCCUACAGACUGCAAUGGAGCCCGCUGCAGAGUGAUGAUGUACACUUCAUCUUGGACACUCUGAAGAGCAAACUGUCAGCAACUGGCCUGGAAAAGAAAGAGGUGAAAGGGUUUCGACAGUGGGGGAAAAAGAGAAAUAAGAACCCACCUACAGGACAUGACUCGGUAGCUGAGCCCCCACAGAUAACCCUCGACACUAACACCGGAAUGUCUGUUAAACCCAGAGAGCAAGGCUGGACUGACGUAGCCGCUAGGAGGCAGCUGGCCAUCGGCAUCAAUGAGGUCACCAAGGCUCUGGAGAGGAACCAGCUCCGGCUGGUGCUCGUGUGCAAGUCGGUCAAACCGCCGCACAUGACGAGCCACCUGAUAGCGCUGUGCCGGACGCGGGGCGUGGCGGCAUGCCAGGUGCCGCGUCUCAGUGAGAGUGUGGCGGGACUGCUGGGGCUGAAGUGCGUCCUGGCACUGGGAUUCAGACAAGGGGACAGGAACGAGGAUGGGACGUUCUCCGACACUGUGGAAGCCAUUGUACCCAGAGUGCCUGCUCUGCAGGUUGCCUGGAUACCAAGCCCUCCCAGUGAAACAGGUGCAACAGUUGAGGGGCAGGUAGGAGAGGAAGAGGGAACAGCUGCAGGGCAAAUGGAGGUGGAAAAGGGAGAGGAGACAAGAGGCCAAAAACUGAAAAUUGAAGACAUUUCUCCAGACAUUACAGAAUGUCCAUCCUGCGUACUUCAGCCUCUUAAAGUGAAAAAGAUUAUCCCGAACCCCUAUAAAAUACGGAAACCAAAGACUAAGAAAAAGUAGAAGCAAUUUAUGUACAAAAGAUGAGACAAGUUCCAAUCUGGUGGUGGUUCUCCAGCAUGUUUCUCUACUGUUGAUUAUGCUUGGAGGUUACCAUUCAUCUUUCUAGGACUAAUUAAUGGUAGUGUAGGCGGCCUUGGAUGCUGAUUGGAGGUGAUCUCUACUCCCAAAAUCCCAUGGAGGACUUAAAUGAAAUAUUAGACAGCACACUCCGAUGUAUCUUUUAAAGUCUAGAUGAGUUUAUUCCAUCAUGCUGGUAUAGCUUGAGUGAGUAUUUGAAUGAGGUCCUGUCUAAACACUGCUGGUUCUAAUUCCUCAUUUCUUUUACAGCCUGCCAAGGAGUUCAAUAAAAUACUGUUUUUCAGUUAGAGAAAAGUUUGUCCUUUCGAAACUACACAUUGAUAUAUAUAUAUAUAUUUUAAAAACAUGUUAAAUAAGGCAAGGACUUUGGGUGCUCUCACUUGGGGUAUCUGCAUUGUAUCAAAAACUGUCUCGUGCUCAAAUUCAAACAAGUUGAAGUAUACAUCCACAACAGAUCCAACACUCAAGGUGCCUCUGGGACUAAUAAACACAUGGCUGACUCAGAUUCACGGUUUUGGGGAUCAGUUCAAUUUCAGCCAUCUUUAUUUGGAUGCCCAGUGUUCUGUGCCAUUAACAUAGGUCAUCUUCCCUUGCAUGCAUCAUCGGUUGUGCCGUCGGGCACCAGAUUGCUAUAACGUGGUUAGCUGAUACUCAAAAUACCUAUCCAGGCAUUGUAAGAUCUGGCAUGUACCAGCAACGUCUGAGCCGAGGAACCUGACCAUUACCUAGGUUUGGGCACAGCCCCAGAUAGACCACGUUCAGAGCCACACCUCAGAAACACUAAAAGCAAGUAACUCCCCACAAGGGCAGCGUAAGAAUGAGAACUACACACUUGCUCUUUCCAUGACCAAAUGACUUGGUGAAAGCUAUGAUCCCUUAUUGAUGUAACUUGUAAAUCAGCUUCAAUCAGUGUAGAUGGUGAGGAGACAGGUUAAAGACAGUUUUAAGCCUGAGAGAUGGAUUGCGUAUGUGUGCCAUUCAGAGGGUGAAUGGGCAAGACAAAAUAUUUAAGUAACUUUGAACAGGAUAUUGUAGUAGAUGGCAAGGGCACCGGUUUAUGUGUCAAGAACUGCAACGCUGCUAGGUUUUUCACUCAACAGUUUCCCAUGUGUAUCAAGAAUGGUCCCCUACCCAAAGGACAUCCAGCCAACUUGACAACUGUGGGAAGCACUGGAGUCAACAUGGGCCAGCAUCCCUGUGGACCGCUUGACACCUUUUAGAGUCCAUGUCCCGACGAUUGAGGCUGUUCUGAGGGCGAAAGAGGCUGCAACUCAAUAUUAGGAAGGUGUUCCUAAUGUUUUGUACAUUGUAUUUUCCCCAUGUAAACCAAAAAACAUUUCCCCCCCCACGUACACAAUCAACUAACUCAGUUUCUCAUUGACAGGGACACUGUAGUAACCAUGACAUCAGCAAACAGAACAACAGCUGUUUUCUCUCAUCACAGGUUCCUUCAUGUUCUGGAUCAUACACAAGGAGCUGCCUGAUACUCCUACCCAAAACCUUUAUCUAUAGGUGAAGAUGCAGGUUUGAUUUUUAAGGGGUUUUAACAAAUACUGACAGACAUGGGAGGAAUGGUGACAGAACACACAACAUAAAAGCACAAUCCUAAAUAUCAGAAUUGUGCCUGGGGAAAAAAUUGGGACCUUUUAAAAAUAAUAUAUGCUGUUAGCUGCACAAAAUAAAUAAAAACAAUUUAAAAAUAAAAUUCCCAUCCUGCAUUUUAUGUUUCUCAAACACUCAGAUAUUGAAAAACCUAAACACACAAAACAGAAAUAAUCGAUAUAUAAAAUGCACCUGGGGUUGUUAAGGAGCCUUUCAUUCAGUUAAGAACUUAAGAUUUGUGCUUCAAAUACGUUCUUCCUCAAAAAUCCCUAGAAUCCCCUCCCCUCUUAACCGUUCAUAGGAACACUAAAGUCAAUAACAUCUACGCUAGUUGAAUCUUUCCUCUCCCACCCCCCAUAUUCCACACUACAGGAAUAAAUGUGUUCUGGCAUUAAAUGCACAGGUUACUACAUUUCUGCACUGUCCAACAAACACAGUUACCAAUGCACCUUUUUGAAUAAAACAA